CUCCGGUACACUAGGUGGCGCUCUGCAGCUUCAGUCGUGGUUGCGACCCGCCAUUAACUCAUCUGAAGACGAAGAAGCGUCUGUCAUGUCUUCUUAUACGUCUGCAUCUUUCACAGCAUCCCGCCGCUCAGUUCACAGUUUCUCACUCUUAUAAUGUUCAAAACGUUUUGUCAUCGUUGAAACCAAACUCUGGUUUACUUGCCUGGAACGAGCAGAAAACCUUCAGGAGCAGCGUCACUGUGAUAUGAACUCAAACUAUGCUGGAGGGCGCUGUAUGACAUCAUUCGUAAGGCUGCCUGGCCAACUUUGCUGAUGCUAACAUGCCUAAAAAUAGCCGUGCUGCACGUGAGCGGAGGCGAGAGGCAGCGCGGCGUGCGCGUGCAGCUGAGUCAGAAGAAGCACGAGCUGCACGCCUGGCAAAAGGUGCCGCACGCAUGGCUAAAAAGAGGGCACAGGAAUCGCUGCAGAUGCGUGCCGAGCGCCUGUCGGUGGAGGCUGCGCGAAUUGCUAGGAAGAGGGCAAAGCAAAGGCUGCAGAUGCGUGCCGGGCGCCUGGCAGCGGAGGCUGCACAAAUUGCGAGGAAGAGGGCAAAUCGAAGGCCGCAGAGACGCGUGGAGUGCCCGGCAAGCAAGGCUGUGCACAUUGCUAACAUGUGGGCAACUGAAGUGUCUGAGGUGCGAGUGGAGCGAUGGGCGUGGGACCUGCAACAAGAGGAGGAAACCUCUGCAGAUCAGGUGACAGAGGAGGUGGAAGGAGAGUCGGUGGAAGCUGUUUCAGAGCCAAGAUCAUCAGUGGAUGUUAAAGACCCAGAGCUUGCUUGCCGAGCCUCUCCGAGCCUCUCUGAACGUGGAGAGCAGGACGACUUUGUUGCUGCUGAAAAAGAGAUGGAAAGUAAAGAAACUGAACAAAAAGAAACUGAGGCUGAAUCCGCGUCUCCUGAAAACGAACCGUCUUCACAGUCGUCCUUCUUUACAGAAGUCAGCACAGUUUUGGUUCAGGGUGGUGAAUCGGAUAGCACAUCAGCGUCUGAACAAGAGGUGAAAACUGAGGAAGACUCUGAGUUAUACGAAGAAAAUGUUGCAGCAAAGGACAACAGCUCAGAGGAAAGUCCUGCAGGACCCGACAUCAGUGAGGACUCAAAUACAGACAAGACAUCUGAACACAAGGAGGCAACAAACACAGAUGAAAAGACGAGCACAGACAUCGACGCACAGCAGGAAAAGUCGUCUCUAUUGAGGGUUUCAACAGCGGACGACCUCGACGAGAUGAUGGACAUUGGAACGGUGGAUCAGGUGGAGCAGGAAGCUCUGAUGAAAGAAGAGGAAGUGAACUGUUUGAUGGAUGUGGAGAGCAGCCGUUCACCUGCCUUUUCUAAUACAGCCACUGAUGCAGAGGACAGGAUCUCUGUUAAGGAGGAAACAGAUGUAGAGCCCGCUGUAGUAGCUCCACCUGCAGAGGAGGACCAGGUGGAGGACGUGAAAGUGGCUGUAGACUCGAUGCAGUCCAGCCUGUCUCCUCUGUCUGAAACUACACUCAGUGGGAGGGAGAGCUCGUCACCAGUGACCAUGGUGAACGGGAUGAAGGUGGUUAAGCUCGACACUGACAGGUUACAGGUCGGCACUUCGCCAGUCAAGUCGUCUCCUUCACCACCUUUGGUCAAGGUGAAGGAUGAGCCCUCUGACGAUGAGUACGAACAAGCCCUGAUAUCCUCGACGUCUUCAGCGAGCGUGAAAGACGAGCCCAACACAAGGGAGGAUUUGAGGAUUGGAUCGGUCUUCUCAGUGAACUCAGCGUCUGAAACACAGACGCUGCCCAUCAUCAAUCCGUCCUCCAUGUACAUGUACUGCUCCCACUGCAAUAAGAACCUGAGGAAAGGGCAGACUGCUUUCCAGAGGAAGGGUUCCCCAGCACUCUUCUGCUCCACCGAAUGCCUCACCACAUCUCUGCCUGCAGUCAAAGGAAACUCUAAGACCUGCCACAACUGCCAAAAGUUGAUAUUUCGGCCUCAGGACGUCAUUCUGGCUCCGGACGGUAAAGGAGCCAUGAAGGACUUCUGCAGCCAGAACUGUCUGACCUCCUUCAACUACAAGAGGAGCACCGCCGCCAAAAAGUCAACACAUCCGACAGCACCACAGUCACUCUGCAGCAUGUGUACCAGAUACUGCAUCAGCAAACACGAGGUGAUCCUGACCGGUGCCGUCCACAAGCUCUGCAGUGACGCCUGCUUCAACCGUUUCCGUACCGUGAACAACUUGUCCAUGGCCGGCUGUGCGAACUGCGGCUCCUACUGCCACAACAAGCCGCUCAUGCUGAAGAUGGACCGCAGCAGCAAAACUCUGUGCAACGCAGAGUGUCUGGCCAAGUACAAAGAGAAAACCAAGACGACUCAGCCGUGUACGAUGUGUCGCACCACCCGUUUGCUGGCAGAAAUGGUUGACGUCAAAAACAGCGACGAGUCGGUGAACCUCUUCUGUAGCAGCAGUUGUGUGAUGGCGUUCAAAGUCCAGACCGUCAGUGCAUCAGGUGCUCGGUUGUGUUGUGAUAAUUGCGGCAAACACACAGUCCCGGCCUACCACCUGGCCAUGUCCGACACCUCCAUCAGGAACUUCUGCACUCUGCCGUGUGUCAUGGCUUUUCAGGAAAAGUUCAAGAAAUCCCAGAAACAGGUUAACGUUUUUACCAAGUUACCUGUCGGAUCCACUCAGAUCCAGUCCGUCAUUCCCAUCCAAUCUCAGCGAGAAGCUUCCAAAGGAUCAAAGAAACUGAGCUGCUCCCUCUGCUCCCGUGGCAUCACUUUUAAACCUGAAGUCAUCCAGAUCAAGGACAAGAUGGUUUUCGUGUGCAGCGUGGAUUGUUCUCACGAGUUCAAGAAAACCAACUUUGUGACUUCCCUGUGUGAAUACUGUAAGAUGGAAAAGAUCACCAAAGAUGCCAAGAGAAUUAACAACAAGGACUGCUUCUUCUGCAGCGACGGCUGUAAACUCCUCUUCCGACACGACCUGACUAAAAACUGGGGGAAACACUGUCACUCCUGCGUCUACUGCCACUCUGUGUCCAAGAAGCUGGUGACGGCUCAGUACGGAGGCUCGACCGAGGAGUUCUGCUCUGAGGAGUGCAGGUCCAAAUACACCAUGCUCUUCUGCCAUGUUGCAAAGUGUGACACCUGCGGCCGUAAAGGGAAACUGAAGCAGAGUCUCGCCAUGCUGGGAGAAGUCAAACACUUCUGUGACCUGACGUGUCUGCUGCAGUUCUGCUCGGAUAAAGUGGCCACGCAGGGUGAGGUCUUCAAAGGUACCGGGGAGGACACGCCCGUCAUCGCCAAUGUCAUCUCGCUGGCAGGAACUCCCCCGGGGAAAUCCAGUGCUUCUGAGCGAGCUGCGCAGCAAACAGGCACAGGCUCUACCUUUCAAUCAAAGAACUCUGGACAUAUCAGUAUUCAGACAGAUCCAGUGAAGUCAGCUCCUCCUCCUCCUGGACCAAAGAUCCUGAAGAACAAGGCUCUGCUCUGCAGACCGCUGGUGCAGAAUAAAGGGGUCUCAUGCAGAACACAGACAGCCGACUGUGAAGUACAAACAGACAUCUCCUUCCCUCGAGUCAUGAUUGUGCCUGUCCCAGUGCCGGUGUACAUUCCUGUACCGAUGAACAUGUACAGCCAGUGUACCCCUGAACCUGUGGGCCUGCCAGUUCCGCUACCUGUACCCAUGUUCCUUCCUGUGACCAUGGACAGCGCUGAACGCAUCGUGGAAACCAUCCAGGAGAUCAAAGAAAAGAUCCCGUCCGACCCCUUCGAGGCAGAGCUCAUCCUCAUGGCUGAGAUGGUGGCAGAACAAGAUGAGAAGAACGACACCUCGCAGAGACCGAAAGAGAAAGUGGUGUUGAAGGAGAAAGACAGACCACCAGCACCUGCACCUCCUCCAGAAGACCACACCAGUAACUACAGCGAUGACCUGGACACAGACGACCUGGCCAGUUUGCUCAACACCUGGGAGGAAGCCUCCUCAGAUGUCGGCGUCAGGUCUCCCAGUCAACUCUAUUCCGGCGAGAAGCUCAACCCCAUUAUGGACAUUCCUGUGGUCGAGCCUUUCACCGAGGCCCCGCCUCCAGCACCGCCUCCCAUGGACAUCGAAGCCGACGUCACUGUUGAAACUCUGGAGAGGAUGGCCCGGCUCAGAGAGCACGCCGAGCGCUCCCCGAGCCCCCCGCCUGCUGUGACACGACGACGUCAAGCUCCCAGGAAAGCCAGAGAAAAGAAGGGUCGUAAGCGGGUGUCUAAAACAGCUGAAGUGUCGUCUCAAAAGGGCUCAUCCAACAAGGCCCUGACUGCGCUGACUGAAAUCCCCAAACUGAAGAGUCAGUACGGAGUCGACGCCUGGAAGCGAUGGAUCCAGUGGAGGAAAACUCAACCCAACCUGGAGAAGCCGCGCUUUGGUUCUCGUCCGAUGGAGUUAAAGGAGGAUGUUCUUCAGUGCACCACUGCUGAGCUGAGCUACGGCCUCUGUUGCUUCAUCACUGAGUUGAAACGACCCAACGGGGAGCCGUACUCCCCCGACAGCCUGUUCUACCUCUGCCUCGGCAUCCAACAGUACCUGUUUGAGAACGGUCGUGUGGAGAACAUAUUCAUGGAUCGGUUCUACAACAAGUUCUCUACUGAGUUCACCAACAUGCUGAGAGGCUUCAAGCCCUCGAUCACAGCAAGUGGUUACAUCCAUUCCCGUGUGGAGGAGGAGUUCCUGUGGGACUGUAAGCAGUUGGGGGCGUACUCCCCCAUCGUCCUCCUCAAUACUCUGCUCUUCUUCUGCUGCAAGUACUUCGGCUUCACCACGGUGGAGCAGCACCGCCAGCUCUCCUUCGCCCACGUCAUGCGCUGCACCAAAACCAACCCCAACUACACCAAGACCACCUUCCUGCGCUUCUACCCCCCACUAGCUGUGAACGAGGGAGAGUCAGAUCCUGAGGUUCCUGCGAAGAGACGUAAGGAGGAGGACAGUAAAGAGGACAUCCUGGAGAUGAUGGAGAACACGGAGAACCCGCUCCGCUGUCCGGUCCGACUCUACGAGUUCUACCUCUCCAAGUGCUCGGAGUCGGUCAAGCAGCGCACCAACCUGUUCUACCUUCACCCUGAGCGCUGCUGUGUCCCCAACAGCCCGCUGUGGUUCUCCUCCACCCCUCUGGACGACAGCACCAUGGAGGCCAUGCUGACCCGCAUCCUCACCGUCAGAGAGCUGCAUCUCAAGACGGGGACAGACGGAGGAACAGCGCGGAAGCCGCCUGAAGACCCUCCAUUUAUACCGGAAGAUGAAGAUGGGGAUUCAGACUGAUGAAGAGCGAUGAGAACAGAAGUGACCUUUUCUUGUAAAUGUUUGUAGAUGAAACGAAAUGUUCAUUUAAACACGGCCGAUUAAACUCAAACGGACAGAAUAAAUCUGAACUGCAGAGAAAAACUUCUUCUUAAUCUGCACGUCGAUCAGGAUUCAUAGAAGAUCGUCAAACGCACAGACUGUUUACGACUGUUUAUCAAGACACCGUUGUCCUUUUGUCGUCUGAACGGUUGCCUCUUUUUUCCUUCUACUACAUGUGGUGAUUCCCUCAAUUCCUGUAAGAAUCUUUUUUUUUUUGUCCUUGUUGAAAACACAGAAUGAAAAAACAUUUUGAUUUCUGUUGUCAGCGAGCACACGUCCACCCUGAAUACUAAUAAAAAAAAAAAAAGUCUUUCAGUGAUGUAAACUGCCAACUUGAGCUGGGUUUAUAAAAUAAUCGAUUUUCCGAUUCAAAUAAUUUGAAAGAUCAGAAAUAGAUUCAAAAAUGCUCAGAUCGAUCUUGCAGUUAACGCCUUAUCCUGCAGAUGUGCAUCAGGAGAUUAACGCCUGCCAAACGACAAAUGUGGGUAGAUUUUAAAUGUCUGAUGCCUGAAUGUUUGUGUCAAAACUGUUGUGAUUUAAAACCAUGUUGAAACCCUCGAUCGUGUUUUGGUGUAAGUUAGGGGGCUCAUUUUCUGUCUUCUGCUUCACCUGCACUUGAAUGCACCUGGUUAACUGAAGAGUCUAUUCUCGAAUGGCCACAAAUGUUUAAAACAGGAAAGUUUCUAUUUUUUUCUUAUUUUCCUUUUGUUGAAUACAUCAGCAGUCAUCUGUCAUUACUUUCUUGUUCAUUCACAGCAUUUUUAAUAAUGCGAUGCUGAAAGCAGAAGAAUAUCAUCUUCGUGUCUCAGGCAGAUUUUUCUACGACAAAUCUCCAAAACAAUGUAAUUCUUAAUGCAAACACAAUUUUUUAAAAAAUAAUUCACAAUGUUAUUACAGCGUUGAUUCUCUGAAAUCCUACCAGAAUUGGUAUUUUAACUGAAAUAUUGUUAACUGAUCUUGAAUCGAAUUUUGAAAUCGGUGGUCGUACCCAGCUCUGUUGGCAGAACCUGCAUCAGUGCUGUGAUUUUGUGUCGGUCUGUAAGUUAAAGAACAAAUGCUUGUUUCCAGACUAUUUUUACAGCUAUCGUACCCUGAGGAGUGUUGGAGACUUGCACGUCACAACAGAAUAAUUCCUGUAAAUCACAGAUUUGAUUAUACCAAAGUGUCAAAUUUAUUUUAUACCUGUUGUCAAAGUUUCUGAAGCUUCUCUGACUUGCCAUUCUAAAGUGUAGAAGGUGAAGUUAAACAGAAAACUUAAUUCAACACAAACUGUGUUCUGUGUCCAUCAGAGGAUCUUAUUUUGAAAGGUCGUGUCACUUGGUUGUGAGAUUACACGAUGAACAACUGUUCAUCGAUCGAAAUGGAGAAAAGUGUUGGGAAACUCUUUUCUUUGAAUGUAGCAGAGGCCACUGUUGAAAAAAGGCUGAAAAUGUCAAAAUUUGACCCCUUUUUGAGUGCUGAGUAACUUUUUUUUUUUAAUUGUCACCUCCUUGGAGACAUUGACUUUUUGCAUAACCAUGCUCCUGAUAUGAUAUAGAGAUUAAAGUCAUACUGUCCCUUCAUGUAUAUCUUGGUUAUAUUAACCCCCAGUCCUUAGUGUAUGGCUGCCAAGGUUCUGAGUAUUUUCUAUUGUAUGUUGUUUUUGAAUAAAAACAAAACAAAACAAAAAAAACAUGUUAAACAUUGAGAUUCAACAGUUA